CUGAAAAGUAGUUCAACCUGGAAUUUGUCUCUCAGGCAAUAUUAUUUGUUGUGUGUAAUAUAUUUAGCAAAUGACACACAAAACAAGACACGAGUACAUGGUGUUAAGGUGUCCCAUUCAAGACACCUGAUCCACUGUGAGCUGCUUCCUGAUAAGUUCUGCUCCAUUCAAUAAUACUGACGAAUCUACACACCGCUGGAGGGGAUUCUCUUAAGAGCUUACGUUGUGAUAACUUUAUAAUGAUUCAAGAACGACAUUCAUCAGUGCAGACAUUUGCUUUCAUCUUCUAAUGAUGAAGCAAACAAUUCUCCGAGGUCACUAAGGGAUGAGAUGAACUUUUGUUUAGAUACUACACAGUUGCCAAGUUGAUUUAAAUCCGGUUACCGUAACUGCUGGACUGCUGCUAAAAUGACAGACUGGGGAGAGAAAUCCACCGCAGACCUCAUGAGCAGUUAUGUGGCCAAAGAUUCAGGCUAUGGCGUACCCAAGGAGGGCUGGAGAAUCUGCUUGGCACAUGAGUUCAAAGAAAAGAGGAAGCCUUUUCAAGCUAAAGAUGUGUCACUGUCCCAUGUCUUUGAACACCUAGGCCUUGGAAUCAGAUAUCUAAAAUGGUGGUACAAAAAGACCCAAGUGGAAAAGAAGGCCCCCUUUAUCGACAUGUUUGGAGCUCAGCCAUUACGACAGAUUUAUGGGGUUCCACUUGGUGGCAUUGGAGGAGGGACCAUCACUAGAGGAUGGAGAGGGGAGUUUUGUAGAUGGCAGCUUAAUCCUGGCAUGUACACCUACAAAACAGUUACAGCUAAUCAGUUUACAGUAUGUUUGCGUCGUGGUGGGCAAACACUGUACCAGCAGGUGUUGUCAGUGGAGCGGCCGCCCACGUUACAAGGCUGGAACUGGGGCUAUUGUGGAGAGUAUGCCUUUUACCACGCCCUGUACCCUAGAGCCUGGACCGUCUAUCACCUGCCAGGGCAAAAUGUCACUCUCACGUGUCGGCAGGUCUCCCCCGUCAUCCCUCAUGAUUAUAAGGACUCAAGUCUGCCAGCAGCCAUAUUUGUGUGGGACAUUGAGAACAAGAAUGAUUACGAUCUGGAAGUCUCCAUAAUGUUUACGGUGGUUAAUGGGACGGGCCAUAAAAGUGACAAGAGUGGGGGGCACUGGAAUGAGCCCUUUCACCUGGAGAAGGACGGAGAGGCUGUGUCCGGGGUCCUGCUACAUCACUGUUCUGCAGCCAACCCUUACACACUGAGUGUAGCGGCCAGAGAACAGGCAGAUCGAGAGGUGAGUUACCAAACAGCCUUCAAUCCAAAGGGGACCUGUAGCAGCCUGUGGACUGACCUGAUCACUGACGGAGGACUUGACUCUCCCACAGGCUCUAGUCCCCCUACGUCCAAAGGGGAAAAAGUGGCAGCAGCUCUGGCUGUGGGCUGCUCUGUGCCUCCUCAGGGCCAUAACUCCCUGGAGUUCUGUCUGGCCUGGGACAUGCCCAAAAUUAUGUUUGGGUCCAGAGAGAGGCAACACAUCAGGAGAUACACACGCUAUUUUGGAAUGAAAGGGGAUGCAUGCCCCUCACUCAGCCACUAUGCGCUAACACACUACAAACAGUGGGAGGAGAAAAUUGAAGAGUGGCAGAAACCUAUACUUCAAGACAGUUCCCUUCCCUCCUGGUAUAAAUCAGCUCUGUUUAAUGAGUUGUACUUUGUAACUGAUGGAGGGACAGUUUGGACCGAGCUCCCUGAGGACGCAGAUGUGAGCGGGGGUCUGCGCAGUGAGUUUGGGGGGCUGCCAGCUCAACCCGAUAUCCUCAAGGAAUAUGGACGAUUUGCAUAUUUAGAAGGUCAAGAAUAUCGAAUGUACAACACUUACGACGUUCACUUCUAUGCUUCUUUUGCACUGAUUAUGCUUUGGCCCAAACUCGCUUUGAGUGUUCAAUAUGAUAUCGCCGGGAGUGUGGUCACACAAGAUCCAACUGAGCGGCUAAACUUGAUGAGCGGACGCUACUCUCUCGUCAAAGCAAAAAAUGUGGUGCCUCACGACAUUGGAGACCCAGAUGACGAGCCAUGGCAAAGGGUGAACGCCUACCUCAUUCACGACACUGCGGAUUGGAAAGACUUGAACCUCAAGUUUGUUCUACAGGUUUACAGAGACUUUCACCUCACCCAGGAUAACCAGUAUCUACGGGACAUGUGGCCUAUCUGCAAAGCAGUGAUGGAAUCUGAGCAAAAGUUUGACCUCGAUGGAGAUGGGCUAAUAGAAAACUCUGGAUAUGCCGACCAGACGUACGAUGGGUGGACAGUGACUGGACCAAGCGCAUAUUGUGGUGGACUUUGGCUGGCCUCAUUGUGCGUUAUGUGUAAGAUGGCUACGCUUUUGGAUCACAAAGAUUCUUAUGAACACUACAGAGACCUGCUUGACCGGGGCAGCUCUGCUUUUGAAAAACAUCUGUGGAAUGGCAAGUACUAUAACUACGACAGCAGUGGGAGGAGCCAUUCAAACAGUAUCAUGUCAGACCAAUGCGCUGGGCACUGGUUCCUCAGGGCAUCUGGAUUAGGAGAGGGAGAAUUCAAGGCAUUUCCUAUAGACAAAAUUCGCAGCGCACUGAAAAUGGUGUAUGACUUGAAUGUGAUGAGUUUUGCUGAAGGUCAGAUGGGAGCUGUGAAUGGCAUGCGUCCUGAGGGAGUAACUGACCGUUCCAGUGUCCAGUCGGAUGAAGUCUGGAUCGGAGUGGUCUAUGGACUGGCUGCUACAAUGAUCCAUGAGGGGAUGCGUAGUGAGGGUCUGCGCACGGCGGAGGGCUGCUACCGGACUGUAUGGGAGCGUCUGGGCAUGGCUUUCCAGACUCCAGAGGCUUACUGCGAGAAGGGCAUUUACCGCUCACUGGCUUACAUGAGACCCCUCAGUAUCUGGGCUAUGCAGCUAGCACUCAGCUCUACGGGAGACAAAGCAGACAGUGUUUAAAGGUUCAUUGUGUAUGUGUUUUCUGGCAGAGGGUCCAUGAAAAGCUUUUCUCCUUGGAGCUGUUAUAGCUUUGUCUGGAAUGUUUCACAGUGUGGUAUUAAACCUUUCUACCUUCAUGGAGACCAAAGUAGGCCAAGUUACAGGUCACAUCUGUGGAGAGGCAACCCCGCUCACAGUCAGAAUGCUUGUUUUUCUAGGUAUUUCUGAGCUAUAAAAGCACUUGUAACUGAGUAAAUGUCUGGUUGAGAUGUUUAACGUCAUACUGCAGAACAUUCCAGACAGAGCAAUGUCAUAUCCAUAGAAACAAACAGGUGACCCCCACCCCCCACCCCCACCCCCCCACCAAAAAAAAAAAAAAAAAAAAAAAUUACAUAGUGCACCUUUUAAUUUAGGCCUGUUCAGUUUAUGCAUUUACGUUUAUGUUUUCACUGGACUUUUACUGUAUAAGCUUUCAAGGGAUUUCUAUAUGAAUCAUGGCAAUGGAAAAUGUAAUGGUUUUGGAGUUAUUUGGAAUACUGUGCAAUGCUAUUUUGUGAGUCAGAUGUUUAAUUCCCUUUCCUGCACUACUACAUUUUAAUUUUAAAAUGUUUUGGAUCAUGUUUUAUCUUAGCAGCUGUUGUAUUUUAAAAAAUGAUAGACUUUUUUAAUGACAACAUCUUAUAUUCUGUCUUUUGAACUAUGUUUGCAGACAUAGAAAUGAUUUAAGUGAAAACUGUAUAAGUGUAUAUGUUCUCCUUCUCAUAAGCAUGUGCCUUUGACUGUAAGCAUGUCUGUCAACUAUACCUACAUCAACAGUAAUCUUCUGUUUAUAGUUACUGUAUCCAUGACAAUCACGUUCAAUAAAUGAUCAAAUAUAA